UGAGACUCGAGUCCUGUCGUUCAAGGUAAAGAGUUGUUCAAAAGACUCGGAUCGUUCGAGAACAUCACAACAGUGGUUUCCAUGGUGACCGUUAAUAAUUAUCACCUGCUGCAGUUUCUACAGAAGCAACUUGUUAAAAUACGGAGGCUCUAUGGGGCUAACGCUGACCAGGGUGGCCCAGUGGACCACCACCAGCUCCAGCUCAGACAAACUGGAGUCCAGUCCACUGAACGAGUCCUUGUUGAAGGAAAUCCUGGACUUUGUGGAGAAGUUGGGUUCCAAGCACCCAGAGGAGGCAGAGCAUGUGUUUGAGGAGCCGCUUCAGUGGAAGACCGCUUUAGUGGCAUCUGAUUUCCAAGCAGGUUAUGACAUCAGGGACUCAGCUGUACAGUCGCAUGAAAAAGACAGUGAGGGGCAGCCGUUGUUGCAGCUUUCUCCACCUUCUGUUUAUGUUAGCAGCUUCAGCCAGCUCUCUAAACUGCUUCAUCUGGCAGAUGAUAGGAAGCUUCAAGAGGUCCAAACGUGUCUAGAAGAAAAUAGAGACCCCAUGGUGAAGAUUCUUGGUUGGAGCUUUAUCUCUAAGUUGAACAGAACCGAUUCUCCUCCAGAGGUUCUGAGUCUCAGAGACACAUCAGAGGAGGAACACUCAGCUAUGGAGUUAGAUGUCAAAGUCAAGCUGCUCAUCUUGCUCCAAAACAUUGAUAAACAGAUCCUCCACAAGCUUCUUGGAGAAAUAACAGAACAAGUCAAGCUUGACCCCACCGUGGUGAAGAAGGAGGUGGAGUUAUUGAAACAGAGCUGCACAGAAGGAGAGAAGAGGCUGCUGAAGUCACUGAGAUACACAUCAGAUUAUGAAUUUUCAAACGGCUGUCGCGCUCCACUUUGGAGACAGGCGCUGGGUGAGAUUUGUCACCUUGUUGUUGAGCCGUGUGACGGUGAGACCCUCUACAUCACCUGCAGCUCUGCUGGAGUCUUUCUGAAUGCGGGCUUCAAACAGGAAGGAGAUGAGAGUCACUAUGAGAGAAAAAGUGAUUUCUAUGAAGAUUUAGCAACACUUCUAAAAAGCAGAUCUCCACAUUUUGCAGAGAACAUAAACAAACAGGUUUCUGUAGAUCAAGAACCUCCAUCAUUAGAGAGGGUUCAGCAUGUGGUUCUGGUUGAUGGAGCGGAGCAAGGCCGACCCCAGAUGUCUGAGGAACAGCAGGAGAACAAUGUGCAUGAGUGGAGGAGACUACAGCGAGUUCUGUACAGCAGGAAGAAACGUGAUACCUGUCAGAGAUGGAGGAAUCUUGGUGUUCUGACUAUAUGUGGUGCAGCAGAGGCAGAGAAGGAAAGGCUGGGACCCAGAGCCAAGAGCAAGAUGAAAGCUGGAUUCUCUGCAUCUUCUUCACCUGGACACAUGUUCUCCCAGAGAACGAAAACCUCAGCAGGAGCCAUCUUUGAGGAGCAUUUCAACAAGAGCUCCACUGAGAGUGAGGAGGAAGAAGAGGAAGAGCAGCAGCCAGAGCGACGUUCAGAGACCAACACAGACCUGGGCUCUGAAUACUGGCAGAUCCAGAAACUAGUGAAGUACCUGAAGGCAGCGGACCAGACAGUCUCUGUGCUCAUUCUCUGCGCCAUGAUGGAGCUGGAUCUAAUGAAGGAGACCUGCCAACUGGCCAUCCUGGACUUAGGUGGGCUGGAAGUCCUCCUGAACUUGCUGGAUACAAACGACAUCAGAUGCAAAAUUGGGUCUUUAAAGAUCCUGACAAAGAUCAGCCAGAACGUUCAGCUCCAACAGACCAUUGUACACAUGAGAGGCCUGCAGAGGAUGGUGAACAACCUGGACUCACCAGUGAAGGAGCUGCAGGCCUUAGCUGCUGAGACCAUUGCAAACGUGACCAAGUUCCACAGAGCAAGAAGAACCGUCAGGCAACAUGGAGGAAUCAGGAAACUGGUAAAGCUGCUGGACUGCUUCCCUAAUUCAGCCGACCUGAGAGCAAACAUGGAGAAGGAUUUGGAGGUGGCCCGCUGUGGAGCCUCAGCUCUGUGGAGCUGCAGCAAAAGCACCAAGAACAAGGAGGCCAUUCGUAGAGCUGGGGGGAUCCCUCUGCUGGGACGCCUGCUCAGGUCUCCACAUGAGAACAUGCUGGUCCCUGUUGUGGGCACCCUGCAGGAAUGUGCCUCUCAGGAAACCUACAGGGUUGCCAUUGAAACUGAAGGGAUGAUAGAGAACUUGGUGAAAAUCCUGAAGAAUGACAAUGAGGAGCUCCAAAUGCUUUGUGCCAGUGCAAUCUUUAAGUGUGCAGAGGACCAACAGACCCGGGACCUGGUCCGCAGCCACGACGGCCUGAAGCCGCUGGUUUCACUGCUCGCUAAAGCAGACAACAAGCAGCUCCUGGCUGCUGCCACCGGGGCCAUAUGGAAGUGUUCAGUCAGCAUGGAGAACGUAGCUAUCUUUCAGGAGAAAAAAGCUCUGGAGAUCCUGAUUGGUCUGCUGACUGAUCAGCCUGAAGAGGUCCUGGUCAGUGUAGUGGGAGCUCUGGGACAGUUUGCUCAGAUACCAGCUAACAAGACCACCAUCUGCAACAGUGGGGGCAUCAAGGCCCUCAUUAAUCUGCUCAAUGGAACAAACCAGGCUCUGCUUGUAAAUGUAACAAAGGCUGUGGGAGCUUGUGCCACAGAGAAGGACAACGUGGCAAUCAUUGACCAGCUUGAUGGAGUCCGCCUGGUGUGGUCACUGCUAAAGAACCCCAGUGCAGAAGUUCAGUGUAGUGCUGCAUGGGCCCUUUGUCCGUGCAUUGAGAAUGCUAAGGAUGCAAGGGAAAUGGUCCUCUUCCUGAUUGGUGGACUGGAACUGAUCGUUAAUUUACUGAAGUCAACAAACAACGAGGUUCUGACGAGCAUUGGUGCUGUCGUCUCCAAACUAGCCAAAGACAAGGAGAUCCUGGGGGUCCUCACUGACCUCGGGGUUGUCCCCCUGCUGGCCGAGCUGACUAACACAACUGAUAACAGGCUUCGCUGCAACCUGGCCGAGGCCAUCGGCCACUGCUGCAUGUGGAGCACCAACAGGGCGUCCUUUGGUGAAUUUGGAGCCAUCGGCCACUUGGUGCGUUACCUGAAGUUGAAGGACAGGUCAGUCCUCCUGAGCACAGCCAUGGCCCUGUACCAACUGUCCAAAGAGCCCAACAACAUCAUCACCAUGCAUGAGGAAGGAGUCGUUCAGCCACUGAUCCACCUCACAGCCUCUGAUGACACCAAACUCCAGGAGUUUGCUGCUGGAUGUGUUCGAAACAUCCGUCUCCUGGCCCUGGCCAAUCAGAGGACAGCUUGAUUAAAUGAGACCCACUGAUCUCAGCAGAAACCUUGGAAAUCCCCCAGAGACUGUAGGAAAGGUAUCAGCAGAACCUGUUGUUUCCAGAUACUCCAAACAUCAGGAACCAGAGAUUUAACAAGAAGAAGGUGGAAAUGAUACCGAAUAAAAAAUAAAUAAAAUGAA